CGUCAGACUGCGCAGUCCGCUCGCUCGCUCCGAGACGGCGUCGGCACCAUAAUAGCGCAGCGCGGCGCCCUACAAGCGUUGCAUCGCUCUGCGUGCGUGCGGGAGAGCGAGCGGGCGACAGAGCGAGCGUGUUUACGCGCGUGUGCGUUGCAUUUAAAAACGGUCGUGCGGUUUUUUUUCCAUCCGACCCACGGCGUCUUGGCAGUCUUGGUCAUGGUGUGUCUGAAUUUUCCACGAGCUUUUAGCCAAUUUGAAAAGAUUUAGUUUUUUUUUUUGUAAUAUAUGUAGUCGGGGGAAAAAUUUUUUUCGUCUUUAAUUAUUUUCGCGGUGUUAAAAGCUUCCCCCUCUCAUCCCCGCCGGUCACCCGGGUUACCUAACACCCCCCCCCUCCCUCCACCUAUUUUCGCGGAUGAGCCGAGCUUUCAGCGCGUAGAGCGAGAGAGAGAGGCCGCAUGCCCCUCCCUCCCUCUCCUCUCGCACGUCCGGCGUGGCGGUGUCGAAGCCGUCAAGAGCCAAGGCCGGCUGUCGAAUUGCCACAGGCCAUCUCUGUCGUUGCUGCUGCUGCUGCUGCUGCCGCCGCCGCCGCCACCGACGUCGCCAGCGCCAGCACUUUACAUGGGCCCGGAAUGGUGAACGCUUUGGAGGAAAGUGACGCUGCUGGGAUAUUACGCAGCACCGAGCUGCUUCUGCCUUUGCCGCUGCUGCGUCCGUUGAUGUCCAGCUGCCCGGGGGCGGAUACCUCGCGUCUCUGUCUGCGUCUGCACUGAGGACCAAGAUUUUUCAGCCAAAGGUUUCCCAAAGGGGUCUCUCCCCCCGUCCCCCCCGUAGUUGCGCUGCCGCAGAGGGCCAAGUGACGAGGUGUUUUCUCAAGCCGUCUUCCUCCGCGUUUUCUGUUUCUCAUUCUACCUCCUUCCAUUCCGCCCCUCUCUUCGUUUCGUCUGCGCUUCUCCUGGCACGGAACGCGGCUCGUUCCGGCAAGGUGUGGCUCUGCAAAGGGGGGGCACCCGACUCUGGUCGGCAGUCACCCCCAUCCAUCCGUCCGUCAGUCUGUCCGCCCGCACGCCCGCCCGCCCGCUCGCUGCCUGCCUUGAUUAUUGGCAAUUGCUGUCAUUAUUGCUCCUGCGUUUUAAUCUGCGGGAAGGAGCGCCGCGCCGCGCCGCGCCUCCAUCGCGGGGGGCCCCCUGUACCCAGCUGGUUUCUGCGGGAGCAUGGAUGUGGGCUGGCCGGGCCUGAGCCGAGAGCCACGUUCGUCACGCUCACGCACUGACCGCAACGUAACAACAACAUAACGCCGACAACAUAACACCGGCGACGUGUUAUGCUGACGCCCAGUCUCUGCGUCAAUGGAAGAGGAUAUCGACUGCAGGAAGAUCAACGGCACUUUCCUUCGCAACCACAACUAUGUCACUGAAGCGGACAUAAUCUCCACAGUAGAGUUCAACCACACGGGAGAUCUCCUUGCGACGGGAGACAAGGGUGGCCGUGUCGUGAUCUUCCAGCGAGAACAGGAGAGCAAAAACCAGCCGCAGCACCGCGGAGAGUACAACGUCUACAGCACCUUCCAGAGCCACGAGCCCGAGUUCGACUACUUGAAGAGCUUGGAGAUUGAGGAGAAGAUCAACAAGAUCCGGUGGCUGCCGCAGCAGAAUGCGGCCCAGUUCCUGCUCUCCACAAAUGACAAGACGAUCAAGUUAUGGAAGAUAAGCGAGCGGGACAAGCGAGCCGAAGGCUACAACCUGAAGGAGGAGGAUGGGAGGCUACGAGACCCCACCACCAUCACAGCUCUUCGUGUGCCUGUGCUGAAGCCCAUGGACCUGAUGGUGGAGGCGAGUCCGCGGCGCAUCUUCGCGAACGCGCACACCUACCACAUCAACUCCAUCUCCGUAAACAGCGACAACGAGACGUACAUGUCCGCAGACGACCUCCGCAUCAACCUCUGGCACCUCGAGAUCACAGAUCGCAGCUUCAACAUUGUCGACAUCAAGCCGGCGAACAUGGAGGAGCUGACGGAGGUGAUCACGGCGGCCGAGUUCCACCCGCUGCAGUGCAACAUGUUCGUCUAUAGCAGCAGCAAGGGCACCGUGCGGCUGUGCGACAUGCGUGCCUCGGCCCUCUGCGACCGCCACUCGAAACUGUUUGAGGAGCCCGAGGACCCCAGCAAUCGCUCGUUCUUCUCGGAGAUCAUCUCGUCCAUCUCCGACGUGAAGUUCAGCCACAGUGGGCGCUACAUGAUGACGCGCGAUUACCUCACGGUCAAAGUGUGGGACCUCAACAUGGAGACCCGGCCCAUCGAGACAUACCAGGUGCACGAGUACCUGAGGAGCAAGCUGUGCUCCUUGUACGAGAACGACUGCAUCUUCGACAAGUUUGAAUGUGCAUGGAACGGCACUGACAGCGUCAUCAUGACGGGGUCGUACAACAACUUCUUCCGCAUGUUCGAUCGAGGGACACGGCGGGAUGUGACCCUGGAGGCGUCGCGCGAGAACAGCAAGCCGCGCGCCGUGCUCAAGCCGCGGCGCGUCUGCGCCGGCGCGGGCGGCGGCAAGCGCAAGAAGGACGAGAUCAGCGUGGACAGCCUCGACUUCAACCGCAAGAUCCUGCACACAGCCUGGCACCCGAGCGAAAACAUCAUCGCCGUGGCCGCCACCAACAACCUGUACAUCUUCCAGGACAAGAUCAACUAGGGGGAGGAGGGUCCCCCCCCCCCCCCGGCGUCUUGGGGGUGCGCACGGCCGUAGGGACAGCCCACCAUUCAGCUCCCCGCCACGCCGACACAACCUGCCUUCCUCCACUCCUCCACUCCCUCCGCCUUCUUCCUUCCCCUGACCCCCCGAUCCUCGCUGCCGCCCACCCCACCCCUUCCCACGCACCCGCACCUCUCCACCUCCACGUCCUGUGCCUCUCCUGCAAUUCACCCCCUCCCCCCCCCAUCCUCUUUGCCCUUUCUCCACACAAGCAAACCUUUUUGACCCCCCCCCUACCGCGCGCCCCCACAAGCCCCGCCCCCCACAAGCCCCGCCCCCCACAAGCCCCGCCCCCCACAAGCCCCGUCCCCCACCCGACUGGAAGUGCGCACACUCGCACCCCCGAAUCUGGGACGAGGUCACGGAAGGCAGGAGGUGCUGUGCCCCCGCGCGUUAAGCGUGCGUAGCCAAGGGGUUGCCCGCUUGGGCGGGGAAGGGGGGGGGGCAUCCGUGUGUGUGUGCGGGGUGGGGGGCCGUGCCCGCCGCUGCCUGGGCUCGCGGGUUGUGCCGGGUUUUUUUUUUGUAACAAAAAUUUUGGAACCGGUUUGUCUCUAAAACUUGGUUGGGGGCGGGGGGGGAUUGUGGUGAGAUGGCAAAAGUUGGAGGAUUGGCGGGCGGUGUGUGCCAGGUGAGUUGACCUACCAAGGUCUCCCGUGGUCCCGAGGAAUUGGCUCGGCAGUCAGUUAUACCACGCGAUAAUCCGUGAGGAGUGGUUUGCGGGGGGGGGGAGGGGAGCAGACGCGGUUUCGCUGUUGGAUUUUUCCAAAUUAUAAAUGCUUUCUUCGGUGACGUACGCAAAAUGAUCACUUUUGUUUUAGCGCGUUAGGUAAACAAAAAAAGUGCAUUGACGUUGGAUAUGGCUCUCGCCCCCCUUGCAGUCUUGCGAUGUCUUGGUUGACAUAAUUAUAUCACGUCUACGGUUUAAUUGUGAAUUGACUUGCAGGGGGAUUAAAACUUUAAAAAAAACUAACAAGUUACGUUUUACGUAAUGUUUGUCACUUGUCUUUUUAAUUUUAUUACUUUAAAUAGUGUGCAUUUUUUUUGUUGCUUACUGUUUACAGGACCUAAAAAUAAAAUCAAAAAGGAAAAAAAACGAAUUGGGGGACAUGAAUGUACCUUAGAGGUUAUUUGAAUUGCUUUUUGUCGCACCCAAAUUUUGGGCCCUUUAAAGAUCGAAUCGGGCAGAGAAAAAUCAACGAACCAUACCAAAAUCCUUUGCCUGCUGGGGGAUGAAAGCGAUGGGAAUUUUGCAGUAAUUUUUCAUACUAACGGGUCGUUCAACAGCAUGGAGGUGCAGAGGGGGGGGAGGGGGGGAUGCAUCGUUUGUGACAUCUUGGGAGGGGCAGUCCAGCACAAGUGGUUCUUUAAUCAGUUUUUUUCUGGGCCCUUUUUUUACAUUAUAAUUUUGGCCCCUCGUAUAUAGCAGCAUUAACGAACAAAGCGAAAUAUCAUUUUCCACAUAAACAGAAUACUGUACACCAUAGCCUGUGGAUUAUGCAAAUGUUUGUGCGUUGUCUAUCUUAAUUCUGAAAUAAAAUAAAAAAUACACACACACAACUCCUGUGUUAGAGUAAUAAAGGCAGAACUGUCAGCUGAUUGUGUUGCGUUGUCUCACCUGACAGUUGUGUGAUAUCCCAGUUGGCAAAUGGACAGUGCAAUUAGAUUUACAACAACAAAAAAUGUGUCACUCCACGAUACUUAACGACAAAAAGAUCAGUACAGUACUGUAAAUUUAUGGCACUAGCCAGUACGUGUGGAAGCAUUAUGCUUACAUUAUGCUUUUGUUUUUUAGGCUGUAUCAUCUGUUUGCGUGGGUUUAAGAAAUGUGCCGUUACUGUGUUUUUUUAAUUUGCUUGUCAUUCCAUUUCUGUGUUUUUGGGUAUUCAUUCCAGCGAUGGUCAUCUGACAUCCGUGGUCAAGAGCUGCAGCCAUAUAGGCGCUUCAGAACGUGGACAUUUUUUUGUUUGUUAUGUUGUUGGGUUGUGGUUGAUGGGCAUGACAAUGCCCCGCAUGCCACUCUUAAAAGGCUUGCCUCUACAUACACACAUGCAUGUGUUUUGAGCCGGAUAUGAACGUUUGCUGGCUCUGCAUAGGUUGUAACCCUUGCGUUAAAACACAAUUGUUUUAAAACAAAUGAUUGAAAAUAACUAAUAAGUAGAAUAACUCCCAGUAGAUUUAUUUUAACAUUUUCCCAGCCUUUAUACAUUUCUGGGCCAUGGUAAGUUGUAUACUCUCUUGUGGACUACAUACAUGCUGUGUACACGUGUGUAUUAUAUACAAGAUAUGCACAUAUCUGUAUACAAAUCCUGGCCAAGGUUAACUGUGUUUAUCAUCGCUCUGGGGGUCACUAAAUACGAUGACCACCUUGGUGAGGUUACACCACUCGGUAUGAAGUCAGCAGUGGUUAUCCUAUGCAGAGACUGAUCCCUGCCAUAGGAACAUGGAAUUUCCACCACUUGCUCAGGACCGGCGACGGGAAUGACUGCUGCCUAAAUGCUCGUGUGAACUUGGGGAUACUUUGACUUGACUAUAUUAUCUAUCUUGGUUUUUCUUUCUGAUGUGGUCUUCUUUAGAACUGUCAUAGACCGACCAAUUUCUCCCGAGAAAGGCUUAAGAGGCAACAAAAACACUAUUUAUACAUUAUCUUACGUACGUCACAUGCGUGUGAUUUCACACGUGGCCCCCAUCCCAUGUUGAGACGCCGCCUGCAUGUCGCAAACAUUUCGUGAAUAUUGUGUCAGCUCAGCCGUGGAGCCGGGGUAAGAUGCUUGUGGCAGCCACAUUGACGGGGAUAUACUGGCGGAGCACUAAUGGAUAGGGGGAAGACGAGGAGAGAUAAUAACGGUGGGGGGGAGGGAGGGAAACCGAGAUAAUAAACAGUCAUUGACUUUUUUUUCAGACGUCCUAAGUGUCUAUAUUAAAAAAAUGUUUAAAUAAACCUUUUUAACCAAGUGAGCACUGCUGUGUCGCGUAUAGAAGUCGAUAUAAAGAUGUGACUGUACUGUUACUUGCCAAAUGCUUGGAAAAAAAAUCUGAAAACAUUAUAAAUGAAUGUGUACAUUUCUUUUCUUAAAAAAAAUGGUAUGUGUUAUGUCAAAGAAUCACUAGGUAAUAGGACUGCCUCAAUAAAACGACAAUGUAUUAGGA